CUGCUGAGCGCGCGCUCAAGCCGUACUUUUGCCAUGAGGAAUUUCAAAGGAGUCAACUUUGCCACUCUGCUUUGCUGCAAAGAGGAGACCCAGGAACUGCUGUCUGACUUGAAGGAGUUCCUGUCCAGAUCUCGAACUGAGAGAAGACAAGUCUGUGAUACCAUCCUGAGGGCUUGCACCCAGCAGUUGACUGCCAAGCUCGAUUGCCCUGGUCACCUGAGGAGUAUUCUGGACCUGGCAGAGCUGGCCUGUGAUGGCUAUUUGUUGUCCACUCCACAGCGUCCCCCCCUCUACCUGGAACGCAUUCUUUUCAUCUUACUUCGUAAUGGUUUGACUCAGGGAAGCCCGGACACUGUGCUCCGCCUUGCCCAGCCUCUCCAUGACUGCUUGGUACAGAACUCUCGAGAGGCUGCCCCUCAGGACUAUGAGGCCGUGACCCGGGGCAGCUUCUCUCUGCUUUGGAAGGGUGCAGAAGCACUGUCAGAGCGGCGAGCUGCGUUCUCAACUCGGCUGAAGGCCUUGAGUUUCUUGGUGCUCCUGGAGGAUGACAGCAUCCCUUGUGAGAUCCCUCACUUUGCUUCUCCAACAGCCUGUCGAGUAGUAGCUGCCUAUCAGCUGUUUGACGUGGCUGGACAGGGUCUAGAUGAAGCCGAUGCUGACUUCCUGUAUGACAUGCUUUCCAGGCAUGUGAUCAGAGUCUUAGUAGGUGAGGGUGGUAGCUCUUCUGAUUCCCUGUCUCCUCAGAGGGCCCUCUGCCUCUUGGAACUCACCCUGGAACACUGCCGUCGACUCUGCUGGAACCACCACCACCACAAGGCUAGCAGAGCAGUGGAGAAGGCUUGGGGCCACCUAGAGAAUAGCAGUAUAGCUUCCAGCCUCCAGUUAUGCCAGAUGGGGAUUGAGCUGCUGGAAGCUGCAGAAGAAAGACCAGGGGCAGUGGCCCAGCUCCUGACAAAGGCAGCCACUCUUCUGAACAACAGCAUCAGGGUGCCCUCAGCCCCGCUCCGGGCAUUGUAUGACAGCUGCCAGUUCUUCCUUUCAGGCCUGGAAAGAGGCAUCAAGAGGCACUACGGACUUGAUGCCAUAUUGAAUCUCUUUGCUUUUCUUGGGGGAUACCGCUCCCUUGUCCAGCACCUGCGAGAAGUCUCCGAAGCAUCCUCCAAGCAGCAGCAGUGCUUGCUCCAGAUGCACUUCCAGGGUCUCCACCUCUUCACUGGGAUUAUGUAUGACUUUGCCCAAGGCUGUCAGGUAGCUGAGCUCGCCCAGCUAGUGGACAGUUGCAGAUCUACUGCUGUCUGGAUGUUGGAGGCCUUAGAGGGCCUGUCAGGCGGAGAGCUGGCUGACUACCUGGGCAUGACUGCCUCUUACACCAGCAACUUGGCCUACAGCUUCUUUAGUCAGAAGCUCUAUGAGGAGGCCCGUGCCAUCUCAGAGCCAGUCUGUCAGCACUUGGGCUUGGCAAAGUCAGGUGCUUGUCCCGAAGUGCCUCCUGAGAAGCUACAUAGGUGCUUCCGGCUGCAUGUGGAGAGCUUGAAGAAACUGGGUAAACAGGCCCAGGGCUGCAAGAUGGUGACCUUAUGGCUGGCAGCUCUGAAACCCUACAGUGUGGAACACAUGGUCGAGCCAGUCACUUUCUGGGUUCGGGUCAAAAUGGAUGCAGCCAGGGCAGGAGACAAGGAGCUACAACUGCAGACUUUGCGAGACAGCCUAAGCUGCUGGGACCCAGAGACACAGUCUCUGCUACUGAGGGAGGAGCUGCGGGCCUACAAGGCAGUGCGGGCUGACACUGGGCAGGAACGCUUCAACGUCAUCUGUGAUCUGCUUGAGCUCAACCCUGAAGAGACGGCAGCUGGAGCCUGGGCACGAGCUACCUACCUGGUGGAACUGGCCCAAGUGCUGUGCUACCACAACUUCGCCCAGCAGACCGACUGCUCUGCCUUGGAUGCUAUCCAGGAGGCCCUGCAGCUUCUGGAGUCUGUGAGUCCUGAGACCCAGGAGCAGGAUCGCCUUCUGGAUGAUAAAGCUCAGGCCUUGUUAUGGCUCUACAUCUGUACCUUAGAGGCCAAAAUGCAGGAGGGUAUUGAGCGGGAUCGGAGAGCCCAGGCCCCUAUUAACUUGGAGGAAUUUGAAGUCAAUGAUCUGAACUAUGAAGAUAAACUGCAGGAAGAUCGUUUUCUGUACAGUAACAUUGCCUUCAAUCUGGCUGCUGAUGCAGCUCAGUCCAAAUGCCUGGACCAGGCCCUGACUCUGUGGAAGGAAGUGCUUACCAAGGGGCCAGCCCCAGCUGUGCGGUGUCUCCAGCAGACUGCAGCCUCCCUGCAAAUCCUGGUGGCUGUCUAUCAGUUGGUGGCAAAGCCCUUGCAGGGUCUGGAGACCCUCCUGCUCCUUCAGAUUGUAUCUAAGAGACUACAGGACCACGCAAAGGCAGUCAGCUCUUCCUGUCAGCUUGCCCAGCUACUUCUGAACCUUGGCUGUCCCAGCUAUGCCCAGUUGUAUCUGGAAGAGGCAGAGUCAAGCCUGAAGAGUCUGGACCAGACGAUGGACACGUACCAGCUGCUUUCACUGACCUGUGCUCUGCUUCGAAGUCAGCUUUGCUGGGCUUGCCAGAAGGUGACUGAGGGCGUCUCUCUGUUGCUUUCUGUCCUCCGGGACCCUGCCCUCCAUAAGUCAUCCAAGGCUUGGUACUUGCUACGUGUCCAGGCCCUGCAAAUUCUGGCUUUUUACCUCAGCCUCUCAUCCAACCUCCUCUCAAGUGCCCUGCGAGAGCAGCUCUGGGAUCAAGGCUGGCAGACCCCAGAGACGGCACUGAUAGACGCCCACAAGCUCCUCAGGAGCAUCAUCAUUCUGCUGAUGGGUGGCAAUGUGCUCUCAAUUCAGAAAGCAGCUGAGGAGUCGCCCUUUCUGGAUUACGGUGAAAAUCUGGUGCAAAAAUGGCAGGUUCUCACAGAAGUACUGACCUGCUCAGAGAGACUGGUCGGCCGCCUGGGCCGCCUGGGGAAUGUGAGUGAGGCCAAGGCCUUUUGCUUGGAAGCCCUAAAACUUACAACCAAGCUGCAGAUACCUCGACGGUGUGCCCUGUUCCUUGUACUGAAGGGUGAGCUGGAGCUGGCCCGGGGUGACAUUGACCUCUGUCAGUCAGACUUGCAGCAAGUUCUCUUCUUGCUCGAGUCUUCCACAGAGUUUGGUGUGGUGACCCAGCACCCAGACUCAGUAAAGAAGGUGCACACGCAGAAAGGGAAGCAUAAGGCUCAAGUCCCCUCUUCCCCACCCCUAUCUGAGGAGGAACCCUUCCUGAGGGGCCCUGCCCUUGAGCUGGUGGCCACUGUGCUCAAGGAACCUGGUCCCAUCCAGCCCUCUGCAAACACCUCCCCAGUCCUGAAGACCAAGCCGCCACCCAACCCUGGCUUCCUGUCUCACUUGCCCAGCUGUGACUGUUUACUGUGUGCCAGCCCUGCCCUCUCAGCAGUCUGUCUGCGCUGGGUGUUGGUCACUGCAGGAGUGAGGCUGGCCACAGGUCAUAAAGCUCAGGGUCUGGAUCUGCUGCAGGCUGUGCUGAGGAGUUGCCCUGCAGCCACCAAGCGCUUCAUGCAGAGUCUUCAGGCUUCUCUGAGUCACAAAGUAACCCCCUCUUGUGUUCCAAGCCUCUUUGAUGAGAUCAUGGCUCAAGUGUACACACACUUGGCAUUGGAGUGCCUGAGUCAGACAUCUGCAAAGAGCCUGGGGAAGGUCUUGGCAUCUGGGCUGAAGUUUGUGGCAACACGGAUACAGUGCUUGGAGUUUUGGCGAGCCAACCUGCUCUUGAUUCAGGCCCUUGCAAAGCUGGCCCACUUUAGCUGCUGUACUACCGAACUUUUUGCAAGCGCCUGGGGCUGGCAGCCACCAUUGAUAAAAAGUCGGCCAGUCUUAGAGCCCACUAAGGUUCAGAGACAAAAAUGCUCUGGACGGGGGCAACGGCGGGUAGCCUCUGCUCCCCCACCCCUCCACAUCAGCUCUCAGAAAGGUCUGGAAGAACAAGGGCCACCUUGUACCCCUAAGCCCCCAGGCCGGGCUAGGCAAGCUGGCCCUCGUGUCCCUUUCACCAUAUUUGAAGAAAUCUCCACAAAGAGCAAGCUCGAGGUUCCCUUGGCUCCCAGGGUCCACAGGAGGGCUCAGACUCGCCUCAAGGUGAACUUCAGUGAUGACAGUGACCUGGAAGAUCUUGUUUCAACUGAAGCACAACUUGUGGAGGAACCUAAGAGGCGAGGGACUGCUUCCCGUACCCGGGGUCAAACUAGGAAGGGCCCUAGCUUAAAGACAGAUGCAGUGGUUCCUGUAGGUAGUACCCCUGGACAUUCCAGUCUCAGUGGGAGGACUCGAAGGGCCAGGAAGGUGGUUUCAAGACAUUGUGAAGAAGAGAGUCCCAAGGCAUCCCUCUGUGUCCGGGCCAGCCUGGGACCGGAGAUCAUGAGAAGUAUCCCUGAAGAGGAGCCAGUGGACAACCAGCUGGAAAAAAGCUUCGAGAUUCUCAGGGGUUCUGAUGGGGAAGACUCAGCCUCAGGUAGGCGAGAAGCAGCUGCAGACCCUGGUCUACCCAUAGGAGAAUGUGAGGUGUUGAGACGGGACUCCGGCAAGGCGGAGCGACCGGUCCUGUACCCAGACACGGAGGCCAAUAGUGACCCUAGUCCUUGGCUCCCGCCCUUCUCAGUUCCUGCACCCAUUGAUCUUUCUACCCUGGAUUCCAUCUCUGACUCACUGAGCAUUGCUUUCCGUGGUGUUAGUCAUUGCCCUCCAAGUGGGCUCUACGCUCACCUCUGCCGCUUCUUGGCCUUGUGUCUGGGCCACCGGGACCCCUGUGCCACUGCGUUCCUUGUUACUGAGUCUGUCUCCAUCACCUGCCGUCACCAGCUGCUUACCCACUUGCACCGACAGCUCAGCAAGGCCCAGAAGCAGCAAGAAUCUCCUGAACUGGCAGAGCAUCUGCAGGGGCUGGAUCUGAAGGAGAGACCUGGCUGUGUCCCACUGGCCCGCAUCCAGCGCCUCUUUUCCUUCAGGGCUUUGGGAUCUGGCUACUUCCCCCAGGCAGAGAAGGACAGUUUCCAGGAGCGCCUGGCUCUGAUCCCCAGUGGGGUGACUGUCUGUGUGUUGGCCCUGGCCACCCUCCAGCCUGGAACCCUGAGCAACACUCUUUUACUGACCCGCCUGGAAAAGGACAACCCCCCAAUUACUGUGAAGAUCCCCACUGCCCAAAAUAAGUUCCCGCUAAGCGCAGUGCUAAAGGAAUUUGAUGCCAUCCAGAAGGACCAGAAAGAAAACAGCAGCUGUACUGAGAAACGAGUGUGGUGGACCGGCCGGCUGGCACUAGACCAAAGGAUGGAGGAACUCAUCACCUCCCUGGAGGAACAAGUGCUGGGCUGCUGGAGGGUGCUGCUGCUGCCGUGCAGCGCCGACCCCGUCCUCGCCCAGGAGGCCUCUCAGCUACAAGAGUCUCUGCAGGGCUGUGGCUGGGAAUACCCUGACUCUGCUCUCCUGAAAGUCAUUCUGAGUGGGGCCAGAAUCCUCACCAGCCAAGAUGUUGAAGCCUUGGCAUGUGGGUUGUGUCCAGCCCAACCCGAGCGGGCACAAGUGCUCCUGAGUGAGGCAGUAGGACGGGCACAGAGCCAGGCGGCCCCUCCAAGUCGACAUCUUGUGUUGGUGUUAGACAAGGACCUGCAAAAGCUGCCAUGGGAAAGCAUGCCUAGCCUCCGAGCACUGCCAGUCACCCGGCUGCCCGCCUUCCACUUCCUGCUCAGCUACUCCAUCACUAAAGAGGCUGGGGCCUCAUCAGUGCUGAGCCAAGGUGUUGACCCACGGAAUACCUUCUAUGUGCUCAACCCUCACGGUAACCUGUCAAGCACAGAGGAGAGGUUUCGAGCCAGUUUUAGCAGUGAAGCUGGAUGGAAAGGAGUGAUUGGGGAAGUGCCAAGCCUUGAGCAGGUGCAGGCGGCCCUGACAGAGCGUGAUUUAUAUAUCUAUGCAGGGCACGGAGCUGGUGCCCGCUUCCUUGAUGGGCAGGCUAUCCUGCGGCUGAGCUGCCGAGCAGUGGCCCUACUGUUCGGCUGUAGCAGUGCAGCCCUGGCCGUGCACGGGAACCUGGAGGGAGCUGGUAUAGUGCUCAAGUACAUCAUGGCUGGCUGCCCCUUGUUUCUAGGUAAUCUCUGGGAUGUGACUGACCGGGACAUUGACCGUUACACAGAGGCUUUGCUGCAGGGCUGGCUGGGAGCAGGCCCAGGGGCUCCCCUUCUUUACUAUGCCAGCCAAGCCCGCCAGGCCCCUCGACUCAAGUAUCUUAUCGGUGCUGCACCUGUAGCCUAUGGCCUACCUGUCUCUCUGCAAACACCUGAAACUGUCUGAUCUGUGGUAGAAGCUGUGUGACUACCUCCAAACUUGGUUUUGAUUAUUUAGAAUUUUUAAAGUGAUUUUCCCUGGUGUUUUGUAUGAAAUAUUUUCUUUAAUGUGACCUUAAUAAAGAUAUACCAAGCCUC